GAUUUUCCCAUUCUGCCACCAAGUUAAUCAAUCCCAUAGAAUUUUGAUGCUUCUAGAACGUUCUGACUUUUCUCUUCUUUUUUUCCCUUUUUUCUUUUUCUUUUUCUUUUUUUCGUGUUAUGCGGGAAUUUUAAUUAAGCAAUAGGGUCAAAAUUCAAUUGAAAACCCUAAAAAAUGAAAUUUCCCCAAAUCUGAAUGGAAUCCUGUGCCCUAACCCAUUCCUCGCUAAUCGGACUAUCCAUUUACGACGGUUCCCGGAUCCUCCGUUCAUCGUUUUUCUUCGCCGGUGGGUGAGCCACCACCGACACCUCCUUUCACCUUCGUCAAAUCAACCUUCGGUUACUCAGAGGCAGUAAGAGAGAGAGAAAGAGAAGAGAGAGAAAACUGGGGAAGCGAAAGAAAGGGAAGGGGAGGGUUGGGGAGAUGGAGAACUCGGGUUCAGGUGCAAUCGAUUGUGGCGUUGGAUCGAUUGUAUGGGUCCGAAGAAGAAACGGGUCGUGGUGGCCGGGUCAAAUACUCGGUCCUCAUGAACUUUCGGGUUCUCAUCUUACUUCUCCCCGAUCAGGAACUCCCGUUAAGCUUCUUGGCAGGGAAGAUGCCAGCGUAGAUUGGUACAAUCUGGAGAAAUCCAAACGUGUGAAGCCAUUUCGAUGUGGUGAGUUCGAUGGAUGUAUUGAAAGGGCAGAGUCUUCCCAGGGUAUGCCCUUAAAGAAAAGGGAAAAGUAUGCGCGCCGAGAAGAUGCCAUUCUUCAUGCUCUUGAACUUGAGAGGCAAAUGCUGAAGAAGCAAGAGAAAUUAGGAGCUGGGCAAAUGGGUGUAGGUUGCCGAGCAAAGAGAAGCAGAUGUGUGUAUUUACCACCUCAGUCUAGUGAUUCUAUGGAUUAUAAAGAGACUCAUGUUGAGAUGUCAUCUUCUCAAUUUGGGAAGGAGUAUCCUUAUCGUAGUUCUUUUGCUGAGGAGGGUGAAUCUGCCUUUGUAGAUGAUGUUCAAUCUGAUUCUUCUGAAACUGAUUCAGCUAAUUCUGGUUCAGAUUCCUCGGAAACAGAAGCAGACAAGGAUGAAGAGAUGACCAUUUCAGAAACGGGUCAAGAUGCUGAAGAGGAAGAAAGCACUAGUAGUGAGGAUCUUGAUGAAUUGGCAAUAUCUGCUGACAUGCCUCUCCUGUAUCCUCGUGAACCUUCAACACGUAAUGAAGCUGUAUCCAAAUGGCAAUUAAAAGGAAAGAGGAACAGUCGUAGUUUUGUGAAGAGGUCUGUUGGUGCUCCUGAUGGAAAAGGAGUUCGGUAUGGAGCAGAUGUUGAGCAAGGAAGUCAUAUAGGCCAUAAGAGAUUAGGUCCUAAUUCACAUUACUACAAAAAUGGUCUAAGUGAUGUCUUUGAUGACACCGAACAAACGUUUGGAUUCGAAGAUGAAUUCUCUCUAACUCCUAGAGCAGCAUCAAAGGGUCAAACCAAAGUUCGUCAUGGUGUUGAUUGGGAUGUCUGGGGUUGGGAAGAUCAGCCUGCUACGAGAGGAUAUUGGGAUUAUAAAGGGUUUGCUCCAGGAUAUGGUGAUCGCUAUCAUUAUGAUGGGAGGAUGAGACCAUUUCUGGUAGAUGUAGACCUGAAGGUUCAAGCUAGCUAUCGCAAAGAGCCUGUUCCCAUUGUUUCUCUCAUGAGUAAGUUAGAUGGUAGGGCAAUAAUCGGACAUCCGAUCCAAAUUGAAACCCUGAAGGAUGGUUCAUCAGAUAUGCUAUUUCCUGCAUUUGAUGAUUUCAAUAAUGAUGGAAUUGGUAUUGAGGGAAGUAGUGUGCUUCCACCAGCUUGGAGGACUGCAAGGAGAACAGCGAAUUUUCGUGUUCCUCGUCCACAUUUAUCAUCAUCGAAUGGUGCUGAAGCUGCUUCAGAUUUUUCCUUAGAUCAAGAAAGAUUUGAAUAUAGAAGAUUAAAUGCUGGAAGUUCCAGCUACAAGGGAAGCUUUUCCAUUUCCAGGAAGAGUGGCCGUAACAGUCCCGGGCCUUCAAUUGACAAGAAGUCAAUGAAAAAGGGGUCAAAGAAAGUGAGCUUAUCGUCUAGCCAGAAAACUAGAACUCUGUCCUCAUUGUCUAGUGAACAUAAUCAUCAUAGUAAAAAACCUUUAAUUGAUAGCAGUUUUUAUCAAACAAAUAGGUUGAUUAAACCAGAGGUCUCUGGGCUCACUACUGUAGCUUGCAUACCAGUUAAAUUGGUAUUUAGUAGAUUACUUGAGAAGAUUAAUAGGCCUCCUUUAAAAGCAGCUAGUAAUGCGGCUUUGUUGAAUAGUGAUGUGGAGAGAAAUUCAUAGGUUACAUGUACAUUGUUAUAUCAGUACAAUAAUUUACAGUGGUAGCUCAAGAAUUUGUUGGGUAUGACUUAUUUCCAAGGAAAUAGAACUCCUAUUUAUUCAGUGGGUUGUUGACAUUUCUAAGGAUAAAACCUAUUCAUGUUGAA